CGUUUGUAAUAACAGCUCGAAAGUUUGAGCGGAGAUGCCUUAAAACGAUCUUGUUUCAACUGCAAGGGAUUACGUAUACUUACCUUCAUCUAUAUCAAAGAUUCCUAGCAUCGUGAAUGGACACUCCUUAGCAAAUAUAAAAAAAGCGUUAUUCGUACCAGAGUCUGAAUACAGAUUAUACGAUGUCUCAGGUCAACAUGAGUUUCCAACCGUUAAUCGUUGCCUCGAAGGACUUACAGAAUAACGAUGGAUCAGAUUACAUUGUUAAUCGCCAUCACAUUCCUUGCCCGAAGUACGACGAAGCUUACAGAGAAUCUUUAGAGAAUCCAGAAAAAUUUUGGGGAGAAGUUGCGAAAUGCGUGCACUGGAGUAAACCUUGGGAAAAAGUGUUGGAUGACACUAAUCAGCCAUUUACAAAAUGGUUCGUCGGUGGAGAAUUAAAUGCCUGUUACAAUGCAGUGGAUCGACACGUUCUCGCUGGAAAUGGGAAUAAAACAGCAUUGAUCCACGACAGUCCUCAUUUGUCAACGAUUCGACGAGUGACUUACAAUGAACUUUUAGAAAAGACGUCUUUAUUAGCUGGCGCAAUGGCUGACAUGGGUGUUCGAAAGGGCGACGUAGUAAUUAUCUAUAUGCCGCUAAUUCCUGAGACGAUAAUGGCUAUUUUAGCGAGCACGCGGCUAGGCGCGAUUCACUCGGUUGUAUUUGGCGGGUUCGCCGCGAACGAACUGGCCGUCAGAAUUAAUAACGCAAAGCCAAAGGUUGUGAUCGCGGCCAGCUGCGGUAUGGAACCCUCUAAAUUAAUUAAGUACACUACUAUGUUGAACAACGCGAUGAACAUCAUCUCCGUAAAGAAACCAAAGUGCAUCAUAUUUCAGAGGAGAAACAUCUGGCAGAGUCCACUCUUAGAGGACCAGUUCGACUGGGACGACGUGAUUAAAAGGUCGAAACCUCAUCCCUGUGAACCGGUUGAAGCGAACGAACCUCUGUACAUUCUGUACACCUCAGGCACAACAGGUCAACCGAAAGGAAUUCUAAGAUCAGUGGGUGGACAUUUGGUAGCUGUUUGCUGGACUAUGAAGACAGUUUAUGAUAUGGACAAGGAUUCUAUUUGGUGGGUGGCAUCUGAUAUGGGAUGGGUUGUGGGUCAUUCUUACAUUUGCUAUGGACCUCUCGUUUAUGGUGCUACCAGCGUGAUGUAUGAGGGGAAACCAGAUAGGACACCAGACGCAGCGCAAUACUUCAGGGUAAUCGAUCAGCACAGUGUGAACGCGUUGUUCUGCGCGCCAACCGCGCUUCGCGUUAUAAGACGCGCUGAUCCAGAACUCUUAUACGGUGGAAAAUAUUCUAUGAAAUCUUUAAAAACCGUAUUUGUGGCUGGAGAGUUUUGUGACAAUGAGACAAAAAUCUGGGCGGAGAAAGCGUUCAAGGUACCAGUUUUGAAUAACUGGUGGCAAUCAGAGACUGGAUAUCCCAUUACAGCGUUAUGUCUAGGUUAUGGGCAUAAUCCUAGAUUGCCAAAGUACAGCACUGGCUUUUCAAUUCCUGGCUACAACAUUGACAUUUUGCGAGACGACGGUAGUAAAGCAGAAGCCCAUGAGUUAGGCAGAAUCGCCAUAAAGUUACCUUUACCGCCUGGUUGCAUGUCUACUUUGUAUCAAGCUGACGAGAGGUUCAAGGAAGUGUACUUUUCCACGUAUUCAGGCUACUACGAUACUAUGGACGUGGGGUACAAGGACGACUUCGGGUACGUUUACGUGAUGGCACGCGAUGAUGACGUGAUAAACGUCGCAGGUCAUAGAUUGUCCACCUCUGCGUUGGAAGACGUUGUCAUGACUCAUCCAGACGUUGUAGACGUCGCCGUGGUUGGUGUACCCGAUCCGAUUAAAGGCGAAGUACCGUUAUGUCUUUACAUAAUGAAGCAAGAAACGAUGAAAAACGAGGAACAGAUUAACGAGGAGCUAGUGGCGCGGGUGAGAAGUUUAAUUGGUCCUAUAGCAUACUUCAGGAUAGCCGCUGCUGUGAGAGCGUUACCUCGAACCCGUUCCGGGAAAAUAGUCCGUAAAUCUAUCGCCAAUUUGGCAUGUUCAAAGCUAGUAAAGAUUCCAAGUACAAUAGAGGAUGUGUCAGUGUACCGCGAAAUCAAAGAGGUACUACAAAAGCUUGGUUACGCUAAAUUAGCAUUGGAUCCUCAAUGA